AGUCACAUAAUGUAACGCCUAUGUGGCCCCUUAAAGCUCCUAUUUGACCUCAGACCUGCUAUGCCUUUAAAGCGAACGUAUAGGCCCACAAGCAUCUUAUGAAGCCCUCCAGCCUCGUUUUCCAUGUUUUCUGAAAAGCUAUAAAACUGCCGCAAGCUAAUGUGGCGAUCAAGCCAAGAAAACCAAUAACGCAUGCGCAUUUCCCCCACUUCACCGAUCUUCCGGACCAACAUGAAUAGCUGUCCCAAGCACAGAGAGGGGCAGCCUGACCUUGGAAAUGGGGAAGGGGUCCUGCCGCGGGUCCUUCCGGGGGUGACAUUCAGCCGGCGGUUCGGGGAGACGUACCUUCCACCUUAGACCAUGGCCAAGUUCAUCCGUAACUUCGCGGAGAAGGCACCGUCGAUGGUAGCCGCUGCCGUGACUUACUCGAAGCCUCGAUUGGCCACAUUUUGGCACUACGCCAAGGUUGAGCUGGUUCCCCCAACCCCUGCUGAAAUCCCUACAGCUAUUCAGAGUGUGAAAAAAAUCAUUCAAAGUGCUAAAACUGGUAGCUUCAAACACCUUACAGUUAAGGAAGCUGUGCUGAAUGGUUUGGUGGCCACUGAGGUGUGGAUGUGGUUUUAUAUCGGAGAGAUCAUAGGCAAACGUGGCAUUGUUGGCUAUGAUGUUUGAAGACCAAUCUUUAACUUCUGAUUUGAGUUCUUAUUUGAAUGUUCUUGGACCAUGUGUAACAGGACUGCUAUCUGAAUAAAAUACUAGGUGUUGAAAACACUGCUGUGUUUUCUCUGUCAA